UACUGAGAUUUCCAUGCUAACGCUACCUUCUUCUUCUUCUUCUUCUUCCUCUUUGAUACUUCUCAAGCUAUACAGAUGAACUUCAAAUUGUUUGAUACAUGAUGUCAUUUAAAGAUGAUCAUUUUUACCAAGCUUGCCAUCUAAACAGAAAUUUUCAUGUCUUGAUAAUCUCUACUCUCCUAAAAAAAUGAAGUAGGAGGACUGAUUUGAUUAACAGUUGGAAAUUGAGAGAUCACACGUGAUUUUUAUCCUCUCUUUAAAACAAGGGUUUGAGUUAAAUCAAAUAAAACUCACAAACGCAGGAGCCGCAACCCUACCACCACAAGUCGCCACCGCGGUCGGAAAUGGAACCAGAACCAGACAACAAGCCACCGUCUCCACCACCAAAACGCCGUUCAAUCUGCCACAAAUGUGACCGUCCAAUCCCAGUUUGCCUCUGCCACGUCAUUCCGACCCCACCAAUCCCAACAAGAACACAAAUCAUAAUAAUCCAACACCCCCACGAAUCCCACCACAAACUCAACACCACACCUCUCCUCACCAAAUCACUCCUCAACUCCUCCUCUAUAAUAACCCGCCGGCUAACCUCCAACACCCUGAUAAACCAACCCCCUUCCUCCACCUACUACCUAUUCCCACCCUCACAAUCCUCACCGGCUGUGACUCUAUCAGACCUCAAGACAGCAUUAAAAAACAACACCCCUCCUGUCUUAAUCGUGUUCGAUGCCACGUGGAAGCAUGCUAAGGAGAUGGUGAGUGCUAGUGAAGGGUAUUUGAGUAGAUUCGCAACAAGGGUGUGUUUGGAUGGGUUUGAUGGAGGCAUAGAAGGAGGGAGUAUUUAUGACUCUGACCUGGUUUUGAGAAAGGAGCCUUGCGGUGGUUGUGUUAGCACUUUGGAGGCCGUGGCUAGGUGGUUAGGGGUCGUAGAGGAAAAUGGGCUUGAGAUUGAAGAUAGACUGGUUGGGCUUUUGAAAGAGAUGGUUAGAUUACAGGCUCAGUUUUUGAAGCCCAUGAGGCCUAGGCCUAAGCUGCUGAAGAAAAGUAAACAAAUAGAGCAAGGAAAAAAUAGCAGCGAUGCGUGAUGGGUUUCAGCUUUGGAUUUACGUUGUAUUUGUGUAGCAAAUGGAUGAUUCUUUCUUCUUCUUCUUUUUAUCAAUAUUCCUUUAUGAAUCAACAUGGAAUUAUUUUUUUUUCUAGUUAA